AGAUCAAUAUUGCCAUAUCCGGUUUAACUAUACGCCCUCUGACUGCAACUUACGCAAAUUAGAAUUGUCUUGUGGUACGGUGCAGGAGGUGAAGUUUCUUCGUUGAAUUCACAGAAUUCUGCAUAUCUAGUUCCUAGUUGUGAAUAAUUAUAUUCUACUGAAAUGGCACCUCCCCAAUAUGCCGAUCUUGGUAAGAAGGCCAACGAUGUCUUCUCCAAGGGAUACCACUUUGGCGUUUUCAAACUUGACCUUAAGACCAAGAGUGAAUCUGGCGUAGAAUUCACCAGUGGCAUUACCUCCAACCAGGAAAGUGGAAAGGUCUUUGGAAGCCUUUCCUCUAAAUAUGCUGUGAAGGACUAUGGUCUGACAUUCACAGAGAAAUGGAAUACUGACAACACACUCGCUACAGAUAUCACCAUCCAGGACAAGAUUGCCGCUGGACUUAAAGUGACUCUUGAGGGAACUUUUGCUCCACAAACUGGAUCCAAGACUGGAAAACUGAAGUCCUCCUUUGCGAAUGACACUGUCGCAAUCAACACCAACUUGGACCUUGACAUGGCCGGACCAAUUGUAGAUGUGGCUGCUGUUCUCAAGUACCAGGGCUGGCUGGCCGGGGCUCAUACACAGUUCGACUCUCAGAAGGCCAAGUUUGCCAAGAACAACUUUGCCUUUGGCUACCAGACCAAUGACUUUGCUCUUCAUACCAAUGUUGACAAUGGCAAGGACUUUGGCGGUUCCAUCUACCAAAAGGUGUCUGAUAAGUUGGACUGUGGUGUGAGCAUGAAGUGGACAUCGGGAUCUUCAGACACCUUGUUUGGAGUGGGCGCUAAGUUCGCACUGGACCAGGACGCUUCCCUGCAUGCCAAGAUCAACAACAAGUCGCUCAUUGGUCUUGGAUACCAACAGAAACUCCGCCCCGGCGUGACUCUGACGCUGUCGGCCGCCAUCGACGGACAGAACUUCAACGCCGGCGGACACAAAGUCGGCGUCGCCCUGGAACUCGAACCCUAGACAUAUCGGGCCCACGGCUUUUAGAAUUGUAGAUAAUUAAAACCAUAUUGCUAUUAAUCACUGUGAAUGCGUAUGAAUCAAAUAAUUUCAUGUCUACUAUUCAGUGCGUGUAACGCUAUUUUAAUGUCUGGUACAGAUCGGCGAGUAUCAAAUAUCCGCGGCUCUUCCCCAUCUAUAUUAAAUAUUUGAAGACGCGGCUCUACCAUAAAUAUUGCGUAAUUUUAUUUAAAAAAAAAACAUUUUCAAUCUGUAUUGUCUUGUAAAUAAACACCUAUGGUGUGUAUCCUAUUGAUUGAUUGAGAAUAAAAAUAUUAGUCUGUUGGAAUCAC